UCCGAACACAAAAGAAAGCACAACAAAGCGCAGAAACACAGAGAGCCACACGAAAAACAACCCCUGGAAAACUACUCCUUCUCAAGAGAGAGAAAGCUUCAAAGCUCCUUCAAUGGCUUCCACAACUAGCAUAGCUCUAAUUCUCUCUCUCAAACCCUUCCAACUUCCUCAAAAACACCAAAAUCAUCUUCCUUUUCUCUCUCCUCCAUCUUUACGCUCUUCAAUUUCUCCAACCACAAUUUUCUCUCGCCGGAAUCGUAUCGUCGGUUGCCUCGUUUCCGGCGUCGGCGGUGGCGGACUUUCCGAUACUCGUAAAUCGGAAUUUUCCAGAGAAUUCGCCGUCAUCGCUACCAUGUUGAAGCGUAUCGAACCUCUCGAUACCUCCGAUAUAUCCAAAGGUGUUUCUGAAUCUGCGAAAGACUCCAUGAAACAGACUAUUUCUACUAUGCUUGGACUUCUUCCUUCUGAUCAAUUUUCUGUUUCGGUUAGGGUUUCCAAAGUUCCUCUUCAUCAUCUUCUCGCGUCCUCCAUAAUCACUGGGUAUACGCUGUGGAAUGCGGAAUAUCGUAUAUCAUUGGUGAGGAAUUUUGAACUGUCUAUAGAUAGUCCGGAAUCAUACAAUUUUGAGAAGGGAAGUGAAGCUUCUGGGUUUGACUUUGAGGGACGAGAGUGUGAAGGUGCAGAUAUCGAUCUAGGUAUAGAUAGUUCUGAGCAGAUUACUUCUCACAGCUUAAACGGUUUGUCUCCAGAAGCUUUGAGAUAUAUCCAACGGUUGGAAGCAGAGUUGAGUUCUGCAAAGAAGGAACUAGAUUCUCAGAAGCAGGAUUUUUUGCAAAUUGAAUCAAAUAGGGGUAACAACAAUAAUUUGUUGGAGUACCUCAGAUCUUUGGAGUCAUCUAUGGUGUCCGAACUCUCACAACCAUCUUCCACAGAGGUAAAAGAAGUUAUCCAUGAACUCGUUCAAAACACAAUACAUAGAUUCUUCAAAGAUGAUGCUAUGGAGAAUAUAACCAUUGCAAGCAUGAAGGAUCACCAAGUUGGUAGCAGUGAAAAAAGUGAAAUGUUUACCACUUCUAGGGAUUACCUUGCAAAACUUCUUUUCUGGUGUAUGCUUUUAGGUCAUCACUUACGAGGUUUAGAGAACAGAUUACACCUAAGCUGUGUCGUUGGAUUAUUGUGACGAGAACAAAAUAAAACCAUGUACAAUUGUACAUUCCCUUUUUCUCACCUCAGAGGGUGUUUGUUAUAUUCUUCGUGGCAAAAGCCUGUACAAACAAUGUUAAUUAUUCGGAUAUCCAAUCAUGAUAAAUGAGUUAACGAGA